GUUCAGGAGUGGGCGAUGCGGUGAGUGAGUUGCUUUCAUUGGGAAUAGAAGGGAGAUGGAGCAGAAGCAAACGACUGAGCCGAGGGACUCCCCUCCGCUGCUGGUGUUGUUGGAUCCCGCUGCUGAACAACUGGAAGUGUCCGCUCCCCAUACCCCGCUCUCUCCUCAACCUCAGUCAGCCAGAGCCGCUCCUGGGAGUGCAGUGCGCUUCUUCUGUGACAGUGCUCGGGAGGAAGAGGCCGGGGAGGAUGAGCCGUUGUUGAAGAAGCCUGGUCCGAUGUCCCCUCGAGCUGUGAGGAAGGGAAGAACUCGGCUUAGUUCGUCGUCGGACGACAGAGAAAAUAUGAGCUCGGGUCACGUUGAAAAUGGCGAAUAUAAUGUCAUUUUGAAUGACCCUGAGUUUGCCGAUAUAAUUCACCGAGCAGAGCAAGCCAUAGAGAGCGGUGUGUUUCCAGAAAGAAUCUCUCAAGGAUCCAGCGGAAGUUACUUUGUUAAAGAUCCAAAAGGGAAAAUCAUUGGCGUGUUUAAACCAAAAUCAGAGGAGCCUUAUGGGCAUCUCAAUCCCAAAUGGACCAAAUAUUUUCACAAGAUUUGCUGCCCCUGCUGCUUUGGCCGUGGAUGCCUUGUUCCUAAUCAGGGGUACCUCUCUGAGGCUGGUGCUUAUCUGGUGGAUGAAAAAUUGGGAUUAGGUGUUGUUCCGAAAACCAAGGCAGUGUGGCUUGUAAGUGAAACAUUCAACUACAGUGCAAUAGAUCGGGCAAAAUCGAGAGGCAAAAAAUAUGCUUUAGAAAAGGUGCCGAAAGUGGGUAAAAAAUUUCACCGUAUUGGACUACCUCCUAAGGUUGGCUCCUUCCAGCUCUUCGUCGACGGGUACAAAGAAGCGGACUACUGGCUAAGGAAAUUUGAAACGGACCCCUUACCUGAAAAUACCAGAAAGCAGCUUCAGUCUCCGUUUGAGAAAUUAGUGAUCCUGGAUUACGUUAUUCGAAAUACGGACCGAGGCAAUGAUAAUUGGCUAAUUAGAUAUGACAGUCAGGAUGAUGAUGAGCUUUCAGAAAAGGGAGAUAGUUUUCCUUUAAAGGAUUGGAAGGAAAUCAAAGAACCAAUAAUCAAAAUUGCUGCAAUCGACAAUGGGCUGGCAUUUCCUUUCAAACAUCCCGACGAAUGGAGGGCAUAUCCGUUCCACUGGGCUUGGCUUCCUCAAGCUAAAGUUCCUUUCAGUCAAGAAACCAGGGAUUUAAUUCUGCCACGCAUCUCUGAUAUGAAUUUCAUCCAGGAUCUUUGUGAGGAUCUUUAUGAGCUUUUUAAGACUGAUAAAGGAUUUGACAAGGAUACAUUUGAAAAACAGAUGUCUGUGAUGAGAGGACAGAUACUCAAUCUGACGCAGGCAUUAAAAGACGGCAAGACUCCUAUUCAGCUAGUGCAGAUGCCUCGAGUGGUGGUGGAGCGGAGCUACAGCGGGAGCCAAGGCAGAAUUGUGCAGAUGAGCAAUGCAUUUACACAGACUUUCCAUUGCAGAAAACCCUUCUUCUCUUCCUGGUAACGAGAAAAGCACCCGUUCUUCUCUCAACCCUGCUGAAGCUGCUCUUUUGCACAAGUACUGCAAUAAAGUGAUACCUGCUGUCAGUUGUCAACUGCCAAAAUCUCUGAGCUGUGGUACGAAUUUGUAUUCUGAAUGUAAUUAAAAAAAAAAA